AUGGCCGGCAGCAAGCUCCUCAGCGUCGCCCCAAUGAUGGACGUCACUGACGUGCAGUUCCGUCAUCUUGCCCGCCUUCUCUCUCGACACACUUGGCUGUACACUGAGAUGGUGGUGGACCAGACUAUCCGCCACAACCCAGUGACGGACAGGUUCUUGUGGUACCCACCGGAGCAGCACCCGAUCGCAUGCCAACUGGGCGGAAGCAACCCAUCAACCCUCAGAGAAGCUGCUCAAAUAGUGGCACAAUAUGGCUACGAUGAGGUCAAUCUAAAUUGUGGCUGCCCAAGUGACCGCGUGGCCGGUGCCGGGUGCUUUGGGGCUGCUCUUAUGCUCCAACCAGAGGCUGUGGCAAACUGUAUGGCUGCACUGAGGGAGGCGACAGAUGUUGCAGUCACUGUCAAGUGCAGAUUGGGUGUUGAUCAGGCAGACUCCUAUGAGGAGCUUUGCAACUUCAUAAAGAUUGUCUCUGAGGGUUCUGACGUUCGGCACUUCAUCAUUCAUGCCCGCAAGUGCCUACUCAAGGGUCUCAGCCCUCAUCAAAAUAGAACAAUUCCCCCAUUGAGGUAUGGCUGGAUCCAUGCCCUUAUUCGAGACUUUCCUGAUCUGGAGUUCAGCCUGAAUGGGGGAGUUAAAACAUGCGAGGACGUGCGGAGCAUUCUGGACUACCGGUCGCCAGAGGGACGUGGCGUGCGCAGCGUGAUGGUUGGUCGUGCUGCAUAUGAUAAUCCAUGGAAUAUGCUGGGAAAAGCUGACACCAUGAUUUUUGGAGCUGAAUCGAAUCCUGCUGCGAAUCGACGACAGGUAAUGCGCAGUCUGCAUGAUGUGCAUGGAACGUAA